AUGAUUCGGAUGAGGCAUCUGCUUGUAGUCUGCUUGGCCGUUCUGGCCCCAGAGAUUGCCCACGCGCGUGUGAAGGGCUUCUUCUCCAAGUACAACAAGGUCCUCAAUGCGAAGGAAUGUACUUGCAACUGCUGCAUUCGAGAGCGCAGGAGACCCAGCGAGAUCAGCGACCCCAGCAAGUCUGUCUUUAAGUGCUCCCUAACGCCGCAGAGCGAUCACAACUUUGCCGCCUACCAAUGCUCGAACACCUGCACGGUGAUGAACGACCCCAUCUUUCCUCGUGCGGCCACGCUGUCCGCGAAUCGCUUCUGCUUCUACCACUGCAUACCGACAUCCGGAGGCUCGGCGUCUGCCCUCGAAGCGGCUGCGAACAACCAGGACGUGCAGGCGUUGCAGAACGGCGGGAGCCUCGUGGACGCUGCCUGCAUCUCCGUGCCGCCGGAGAAGCUCCCCGAGGCCAUGAGUGCAGAUGGCAAUGGUCGAGAUGCGCAGCUUGAAGCCUGA